GGAAAAUUUUAGCUUACUGUAUUGACUCUUCCAGACGAAAGUGAAAGUGGAAACCCAGAUUGUGGUUGUCAUUUAAAAUGCCUAAACUUAAUUGGACGUGGACAUUUUUAAUAACUGGAACGGCAGCAAUAGCAUGGUUAUCAUGCAGUAAAAUAGAAUCUCCGGUGGUGUUUUGGGAUGCUGUGGUGAAACUAUUUAUAUAUUCUGUGUUGAUAUGGAUAGGAUGUUCUGUAUUGAACAAGAUCUACUGUGCUUUUGCCAAGCAAAGUACACAUCUUUCCACUCCAGAAGUUCCAGAGGAACGUAAACAGCGGUUUGAAGAUCAACGGAAGAGAAAUAGACAAUGUAUCCAGAAUAAAACAAAUGAAAAGGUUGAAAGCUACAAAGAAAGGAUUUUAAUUCCACGGGAAGAAGCCAGGAGACAAAAACAGGACGAGGAGUUGAAUCUCAUAAUGGGUCAUACAUUCAGAGGGAGUGGGCAGCAGCUAGGGGAAGAUGACGAGAUACCAGAUCGUAACAGUCGCAGAGAGAAUAUAAAUGAAGAUGCACGUGAAAGGCGACGACUACCGCCAGAUGUUGUGUUGCAUAGACCAAAGCCUGAAUCAGAACCAGAAAAGAAGAGGAGGGUGAUUGAGUUGCCCGGUGAACCAGAUGAAGAAGAUGGUGAAUGCAUAACAGUUACAUUACAUACACCUCUAGAUCAGAGGAAGUCAAGGAGGUUUCUAAGUUCAAGCCCAUUACAGGCAAUCAUAGACUACAUGACAACACUGGGAUUUAAUGAAGCUUAUUAUACCUUGACAAGCGCGUAUCCACGGAAACCACUCACAGAUUGUUCCCAGAAGACACUCAAACAACUUAAGUUUGAAAAACGGACAUUGCUAUAUGUUGAAGAAAAUUAAUAAAACAAUCUUGCCCUAUAACUGCCAGUAAUAGUGCUUAAAGUAAAUUGUAUCUCAUUAUUUAAACUGACUGAACAUGUUUUAAGAUUGUUUUAUUUUUAUUUUUUUACGUUAACUUUUGUUUUAAGCAGUUACUGCAAAAAGGAGAGAAGCUGAAAUACAGUGCCACAAAAACUAAUAAAGUUGCUAUAUAUUAGUGUUUUAAAGGAGGGCUUUUUCAUUAAGAGCGUUUUUAUGUUGUGAUAUUUUUCCAGAUAACCAAAAUGUUUUGAAACACUUUUAGUUGAGAUUUCAUAGGAUUGUACAAAUCAAUUAAAUUAUCAUUAUUUUAUGUAUUUAAUAAUGCUGCAUUGUGUUGCCAUGCAAGGGAAGGGAAACAACCCUAUUUGGAAUUUGUUAAUUAGUUAUAUGCAUAGCCUCCCUUACAUUAGCCCCGUUUGCUAAUGCAACAUAGAAAAGUCUAUAUGGUGACUAUAAUUUAUUUUAUUGAAUUUCUCAAAGACAUCUGCCAUAUCAUUGUAUAAGGGUAUGCCGAAUUUCAGAAAUGUACUCAAGGUAAUAUUUUAGAUGUGUUGCAUUAGAAGAUUUGAUAAGUAUGUAUUGUUUAUUAGUAUUACUGUCUAGAAUGUUCUUUUUUCUUUGGCAGUUUUAAGUGUAUAUACUUACUGAAUGGCUUGCUGGUCAGUAGUCAAAACUGUUGUCCAAGGUCCGAAGGACUGAAGACUGGUUUUGACUAUUGAAUGGCAAGCCAUUUAAAGGGACUAACCCACACAUUUUAGGCGAAAAAUAAUUUCUCUCAAAAAUCUAUAAAAAGUGAGUACUCUGAUAGUGACUGGUGGUGCAAAUGUAUUGACAUUUAACAUUUUUGCAAGAUAUUCUUUCUAUUAAUAAAAAAUAUUGAGCAGAAGGUAGUGAACUGUUGCAAUGCUUUUGAAAUGAUGCAGAAAAUUUACAUUAUUCUUGCACUUUUAGCUCGACUAUUCGAAGAAUAGGGGAGCUAUCUUACUCGCCCUGGCGUCGGCGUGAGUGUUAGCUUUAGUGUGAGCGUGAGCGUCACACGAAUGUUAAAAGUUUGCGUACCACCCCAAAUAUUUUCAAAGUCCAUUGAGAUAUUGCUUUCAUAUUUUGCAUACUUGUUUACCAUCAUGACCCCAGUCUGUAAAAAGGAGGAGGCAACUCUAUCAAGCAUUUUGACUAAAUUAUGGCCCCUUUUCGACUUAGAACAAUGUUAAAGUUUGUGUACCACCCCAAAUAUUUUCAAAGUCCAUUGAGAUAUUGCUUUCAUAUUUUGCAUACUUGUUUACCAUCAUGACCUCAGUCUGUAAAAAGGAGGAGGCAACUCUAUCAAGCAUUUUGAUGGAAUUAUGGCCUCUUUUCGACUUAGAAUAUACUUAUUGUAAUGUUAAAGUGUUACUUGUAGCUGAUAUUAUACUAUCAAGCCCUGAGAAUAGUCGAGCGCGCUGUCCACUGACAGCUCUUGUUUACUAAUAUCUAACUUCUAUUUCACCCACUUUAUCAUUUUUCAGUGAUAUAAAUACAUUCUGCACCAAAUUUGGUGGACAUGAACAUGUAAAAAAAUUCACCCAAACUGGGCAAGUAGCUUUAAUAAGUGUUUUUUUACAUGACAUCAGAAAUCAAUUUUCACAGUUUUGUUUCUAAACAUUUGACUUAAUAGUCUAGUAAACAUGUGCUGGAUAUAGGCUGGUUAUAUAGCACAAACUAUAGAUGAGCAGUUUAUGUAAGGAAUCAUGUAAAGUACUGAAAUGUGGAUAUUUUUUGCAUCAGAGAUAUUCCGCAGAACACAAAUAGUAGGCUUAUUGCAUACAAAUAAAACUGUCAAUUCAAAAUAUAAGGAGACUUUAUGUAAAAAGUUUGUCUGACUAUGUACAGCGCAUUUUGUUAGGUAAUUUAUUAAAAUUUUCAUACCUUUUGAGUGAUAUCAACAUUAUACCAAGAUAUCAGUUCACCAGAAUAAAAUGCUGCUAAUCACAUAUUUUAUUGAAAUCCUUGCCUUCAUUGAUACCAAUCAAAAUGACUUUGGUCUUCAAUUAAACUUUAAACAUGAGAAAGACAUUUGAAGACAUUUUUAUAUUCUGGAUUCCGUGUGGCUAAAUGUUUGCUUGUGAAACUGAAUCAGUGCAUGGUAAAACUCUAUUCAGUAUCUCAGAAUGGUAAAGAAUAUUAAAGUGACAUUGGUAUCAAGUCAAGAAAUUUUUAUUUACAAGUCUGAUAUACAAACAAGACAACACAAGCUUUUGGAAGCUUGAAUUAUCACGUGUCGAUGCCCCAUUACCUUUUGAAUCAGAAUGUCCCUCGUUUGUGCAAAAUCAUAAUAUUCUUUAGAAACAUUUUCCUCCACAGUGUGUUCUUGUUUUUGUUAAUGUUUUUAUUUGUCAUAUCAUUUGUUUACAAUGUUUAAGUUGGUAGUGAUUUAAAGACCAUACAUGUUUUAGAGUUUUUGUUAACUUUCACACUAGUUUUGCAGCUGUGAUAGAUUUUCUAUGCACAUGUUUUAAUUGCUAACAUUUUUGACAUGAAUUAGUUUUUGUUGCUGUAUCAGGACCUGCCUGGUCCAAAAUUUAGUGAUUUUUUUUGUUAACAAAAAAGUGGAAAAUAUACAAUUGAGACAGCUAAAAUGGCACAGACUCUGUAUUCAUCAAAUUUAAAUUCUGAAAUUAAUGCACCUAGAAAUCAAAAUCUUAUUUUCUUUUAAAUUGUUAACAAAAAAUUAGAUAUAUACAAUUGAGACAGCUAAAAUGGCACAGACUGUGUAUUCAUCAAAUUUAAAUUCUGAAAUUAAUGCACCUAGAAAUCAAAUUAUUCUUUUUACAAAUUUUAAGUGUAAAUUUUUUUGCAAAGUUUGUAAUAAUAAGGGCAGGAAAAUUUGACCCAAGUGUAGCAAUAAUGUCAUUGUUUAUGUAACAUAAAAGUUUAUUCUUUUUAGCUGACCUGUCACGAAGUGACAAGGUUAGCUAUUGUGACCGCUUGAUGUCCAUCGUCCGUCAACAAUUUCUAAAAAAAUCGUCUUCUUGAAAACCACUGGGCAGAAUUACACCAAACUUCACAGGAAUGAUCCUGAGGUGGCCCCCUUUCAGAAUUGUUCAAAGAAUUGAAUUCCAUGCAGAACUCUGGUUGCCAUGGCAACCGAAAGGAAAAACCUAAAAAAUCUUCUUGUCCAAAACCACAGGGCCUAGGGCUUUGAUAUCUGGUGUGUAGCAUCAUCUAGUGGUCCUCUACCAAAAUUGUUCAAAUUAUCCCCCUAGGGUCAAAUAUGGCCCCACCCUGGGGGUCACAUGGUUUAUAUAGACUUAUAUAGGGAAAACUUUGAAAAUCUUUUUGUACAAAACCACAUGGCCUAGGGCUUUGAUAUUUGGUAUGUAGCAUCAUCUAGUGGUCCUCUACCAAGAUUGUUCAAAUUAUCCCCCUAGGGUCCAAUAUGGCCCCGCCCCGGGGGUCGCAAGUUUUACAUAGACUUAUAUAGGAAAAAAAGUUUAAAAAUCUUCUUGUCUGAAACCACAGCACUUAGACCUUUGAUGUUUGGUUUGUAGCAUUGUCUUAUGGUCCUCAACCAAAAUUGUACAAAUUGUACCCCUUGUGUGAAAAGAUGCCCUGCCCUGGGGGUCCCAAGUUUUAUAUAGACUUAUAUAGGAAAAAGCUUUAAAAAUCUUCUUGUCUGAAACCAUACGACCUAGGCUUUUGGUAGUUGGUAUGGUGCAUUGUCUAGUAGUCCUCCACCAAAAUUGUUCAAAUUAUGCCCCUGGGGUUAAAAGAGGCCCCGCCCUAGGGUCACUUAGUUAUUAUGUGAGUUAAAUAGGCAAAAUACUUAAAAAAUCAUCUGAUCCUAUUUCCAAGACUGUUUAAUUAUAAUUACCUGAUGACCCCAAGUAAUAUGAUGUCACUUGACUGUGACCUUGACCUACUGACCUACUUUCUUGUUUUUAGCUCACCUGAGCCAAAGGCUCAUGGUGAGCUAUUGUUACCGCUCAAUGUCCGGCGUGCGUCGUCCGAUGUCCGUCCAUCAACAUUUCCUAAAAAAAUCUUCUUCUUGAAAACUACUGGGCAGAAUUACACCAAACUUCACAGGAAUGAUCCUUGGGUGGCCCACUUUCAAAAUUGUUCAAAGAAUUGAAUUCCAAGCAGAACUCUGGUUGCCAUGGCAACCAAAAGGAAAAACUUUAAAAAUCUUCUUGUCCAAAACCACAGGGCCUAGGGCUUUGAUAUCUGGUGUGUAGCAUCAUCUAGUAGUCCUCUGCCAAAAUUAUUCAAAUUAUCCCCCUAGGGUCAAAUAUGGCCCUGCCCCGAGGGUCACAUGAUUUAUAUAGACUUAUAUAGGGAAAAUUUUGAAAAUCAUCUUGUACAAAACCAGAUGGCCUAGGGCUUUGAUAUUUGGUAUGUAGCAUCAUCUAGUGGUCCUCUACCAAGAUUGUUCAAAUUAUCCUCCUAGGGUUAAAUAUGGCCCUGCCCCGGGGGUCACAUGGUUUAUAUAGAGUUAUAUAGGGAAAUUUGAAAAUCUUCUUGUACAAAACCAGAUGGCCUAGGGCUUUUGUAUUUGGUAUUAAGCAUCGUCUAGUGGUCCUCUACCAAGAUUGUUCAAAUUAUCCCCCUAGGGUGAAAUAUGACCCUGCCCCGGGGGUCACAUGGUUUAUAUAGAGUUAUAUAGGGAAAACUUUGAAAAUCUUCUUGUACAAAACCACAUUGCCUAGGGCUUUGAUAUUUGGUAUGUAGCAUCAUCUAAUGGUCCUCUACCAAGAUUGUUCAAAUUAUCCCCCUAGGGUGAAAUAUGACCCUGCCCCGGGGGUCACAUGGUUUAUAUAGAGUUAUAUAGGGAAAACUUUGAAAAUCUUCUUGUACAAAACCACAUUGCCUAGGGCUUUGAUAUUUGGUAUGUAGCAUCAUCUAAUGGUCCUCUACCAAGACUCUUCAAAUUAUCUCCCUAGGGUCAGAUAUGGCCCUGCCCCGGGGGUCGCAAGUUUUACAUAGACUUAUAUAGGAAAAAAGUUUAAAAAUCUUCUUGUCUGAAACCACAACUCUUAGACCUUUGAUAUUUGGUUUGUAGCAUUGUCUUAUGAUCCUCAACCAAAAUUAUUUGAAUUGUACCCCUGGGGCGAAAAGAGGCCCUGCCCUGGGGGUCCCAAGUUUUAUAUAGACAUAUAUAGGAAAAAGCUUUAAAAAUCUUCUUGUCAGAAACCAUACGACUUAGGCUUUUGAUAUUUGGUAUGAUGCAUUGUCUAGUAGUCCUCUACCAUAAUUGUUCAAAUUAUGCCCCUGGGGUUAAAAGAGGCCCCGCCCUGGGGUCAAUUAGUUAUGUGAGUUAUAUAGGAAAAAUAUUUAAAAAAUCAUCUGAUCCUAUUUCCAAGACUAUUUAAUUAUAAUUACCUGAUGACCCCAAGUAAUAUGAUGUCACUUGAUUGUGACCUUGACCUACUGACCUACUUGUUUUUUAAGAUACAGUCUUGAAAUAUUGAUGACUUACACAGUUUUGCACACAAAUCGUAAAACUGAAUUUCAUUGACCAUGAAUGUGACCUACUGACUUUCUUAAUAUUUUAUCAUCAGUUUGAUAUUUGAAACAUGUAGCUCAUAUUACUCAGGUGAGAGAUCCAGGGUCAUCAUGACCCUCUUGUUUAAGAUACAGACUUGAAAUUUUGACGACAGACACAGUUUUGCACACAAAUCUAAAACCGAAUUUCAUUGACCAUAAAUAUGACCUACUGACUUUCUUAAUAUUUUAUCAUCAGUUUGACAUUUGAAACAUGUAGCUCAUAUUACUCAGGUGAGCGAUUCAGGGUCAUCAUGACCCUCUUGUUUAUAAAUAAAUAUUUGAAACCAACAA